AAAGCGAGAGCUUUGGAAUAGAGUGUAGGUUAUCCUCCACUAUUGAGUGUUGUAUGGCGGUAUCUCACGCGCCAAAAGGCAAAGGCAGUCGGACACCAUUUCUGCGCAAGAAUCCAAGCUUGUGGCUUCUGAGGAAAAAGUUGAGAACCUGCAGCAAACGGUAACCUCCUUGCGGUCCUCUUACGGAAGCUUGCAACAGCUCCGCGAUGAGCUUGAUGAGGUCAAGGUCGAACGGGAUGACCUAGAAAAGAAAGCCAACAUGGCGGAAAGAUUUAGGCAAAAACUCGAGGCGAGCAAAGAGAUCGAGAAAGAAGUUAACGUAUUACGUGAAAACCUCGACGAAGCAAAUGAACAUUUAAAAGAACUGGAUGCAAUCAAGAAACAGUGCGCCGGACUUCAACUGGCAAAUGCAGAAUACCGGAAAAACUUGCCGAUGCUAGAACAGGAUAUUCAUGAACUGCAGAAGAUCAAACGCAGCCUAGAGUUUGAGAAAUCUACCUUAGCACAGAAAUUCGAUCGAGUCAAUGAGCAACUGGUAAAAGAUCAAGAUCUCCUUGCCGAACAACAAGACAGGAUAAGGGAGCUGGAGGCGGACCACGUGCCGUUUGUACAAGCAAAUGGAAAUUUAGAUUCCGAACUUGCUUCAAGCGAAGAAGAUUCUUCUGCGCUUAAACUCGAGAAUAAUAAUCUCAAGGCCGAAAUCAAGAAGCUCAGUGAGCAAUCAACUUCGCCAGAGAAGUUCUUGCUCGAACAGCUCUUGGAGGAUGCAAAGACAAAAACUGAAAUAUUUGAAAGAAAAUAUCUAGAGGUGCACUCUGAGAAGCUCGUACUUGAGGCUUCUUUGAACGAGCUCCGUCAAGAAGAUCCAACAGGAAGUGCGCGAACGUUUUUGUCACUUCGCGAAAAACUGCAAAAUGCAAAGGAAGAGGCUGCAAAAACCAGCAAAGAGCUCAACGACGCAAAGACGGAGCUGUCGAAUGUCAAACGUCAGCUGCUGACAGCGCAAACGGACUUAUCACUCGUGGACAAGGACCGGUUGGAAGUGCUAGAGGGCGUCAAGAAAGCAAACAGUUCUCAGACAGAGGAAUUGUCGAAUGAGAUUGAGCAGUUCCAAAGACGAUACAAAGACCUAGAAUCCGACUUGGACGUGCAGAAAACUCUUCUCAAUGCGGCUUUGCUUGGAAAGGGAGCUCUGCAAGAAGAAUUAUCGAAUCGGCUGACAAAAGAGUCUGACCGAGCGAGUGCUGAAAUCAAGGCAGGAAUAGAGCUCCUCAAAGCGGCGGCUGAAGGUCAAGAAGGCAGUCAAGGCGCGUUGGAGGACCACAUUGGAAAGAUGAUGUCCAAAUUAAUCGAGUACAGAGAAAGAAUUUCCAAGCGGUCAGAGCAUAUUAAAAAGCAAAAUGAGAUUAUCAUGUCACUGGAAAAGCAAGUCGAAAAUGCACAAAAAUCUGCAGCUGAAAGUAGCAGCACAGAUUCGUCCGCACAAGAGGCUGCUUUGAGAGAGGAAAUGAGAAACAUCCAGCGCGAAAAUUCGCUGAUUGCAACGGCUUGGUAUGACCUAACCAGCCGAUUACAAACAAAUAGUGUCGUGGUGCAAAGGCGCAACGACGCACCCAAAAGCUGGCUUAACAAACAGCGCCAGCUGCUCACAGCAUCAAGCGCAAGCGUCCAUCGAAGAUGAGAUGGACCCAAGGCCAUUAAUUUCUCAGAAGCGCGGCUGGUUUUUGUAAAAUAUCCUUUUAAUUUUAUAUCCCCCUUGACCUUGUGGUUUAAUCUUAUGGUAUACUUGCUGGAGAUUUCCAUUUGAGUCUUUGUCUUUUUCAUUCUCA